CAUAAAGCAAAUAAAUAUCUCAUAACUACAUAAUUAGCGUGUCAUGGCGGCUUUGUUUUCAUGUUGUUUUGGCUGUUGUGGAGACAGUAACAGCGGCCACGUAUCACUGAAGGAAAUGCCCACGGUUCAGCUCGACACUCAUCACAUGGGUACUGAUGUCGUCAUUGUAAAGAGUGGAAGACGCAUAUGUGGAACUGGUGGCUGCACAGCAAAUGCACCUCUCCAUCAAAACAAGAGCUACUUUGAAUUUAAGAUUCAGUCCACGGGUGUCUGGGGAAUUGGAGUUGCAACUCAGAAAGCGAAUCUAAACCAGAUCCCUUUGGGCAGAGACAUACACAGCCUUGUACUCAGACAAGAUGGCACUGUGUACCAUAAUAAUGAAGAAAAGAACAGAUUACCUGCUAACAGUUUACCACAGGAAGGAGACAUUGUGGGUGUUACGUAUGACCACGUGGAACUGAAUUUGUACCUGAAUGGAAAGAAUAUGAACUGCCCUGCAUCAGGCAUUAGAGGAACUGUAUAUCCUGUAGUUUAUGGCCUGAUUACUGCCACACCUGUUCUCAAUCAAGAAAUCACUUAAAUAGGACCUGCCUGACAAAGUGAAGUAGACCAAAAGAUCUUCAAAAGCUAGACAUCAUGCCGAGAUCCAAAGAAAUUCAGGAACAAAUGAGAAAGAAAGUAAUUGAGAUCUAUCAGUCUGGAAAAGGUUAUAAAGCCAUUUCUAAAGCUUUGGGACUCCAGAGAACCACAGUGAGAGCCAUUAUCCACAAAUGGCGAAAACAUGGAACAGUGGUGAACCUUCCCAGGAGUGGCCGGCCGACCAAAAUUACCCCAAGAGCGCAGCGACGACUCAUCCAAGAGGUCACAAAAGACCCCACAACAACAUCCAAAGAACUGCAGGCCUCACUUGCCUCAGUUAAGGUCAGUGUUCAUGACUCCGCCAUAAGAAAGAGACUGGGCAAAAAUGGCCUGCAUGGCAGAGUUCCAAGACGAAAACCACUGCUGAGUAAAAAGAACAUUAAGGCUCGUCUCAUUUUUGCCAGAAAACAUCUUGAUGAUCCCCAAGACUUUUGGGAAAAUACUCUGUGGACUGACGAGACAAAAGUUGAACUUUUUGGAAGGUGUGUGUCCCAUUACAUCUGGCGUAAAAGUAACACCACAUUUCAGAAAAAGAACAUCAUACCAGCAGUAAAAUAUGGUGGUGGUAGUGUGAUGGUCUGGGGCUGUGUUGCUGCUUCAGGACCUGGAAGACUUGCUGUGAUAAAUGGAACCAUGAAUUCUGCUGUCAAACAAAAAAUCCUGAAGGAGAAUGUCCGGCCAUCUGUUCGUGACCUCAAGCUGAAGCGAACUUGGGUUCUGCAGCAGGACAAUGAUCCAAAACACACCAGCAAGUCCACCUCUGAAUGGCUGAAGAAAAACAAAAUGAAGACUUUGGAGUGGCCUAGUCAAAGUCCUGACCUGAAUCCUAUUGAGAUGCUGUGGCAUGACCUUAAAAAGGCAGCUGUGGCUGAAUUACAACAAUACUGCAAAGAUGAGUGGGCCAAAAUUCCUCCACAGUGCUGUAAAAGACUCAUUGCAAGUUAUCGCAAACGCUUGAUUGCAGUUGUUGCUGCUAAGGGUGGCCCAACCAGUUAUUAGGUUUAGGGGGCAAUCACUUUUUCACACAGGGUCAUGUAGGUUUGGAUUUUGUUUUCCCUUAAUAAUAACAACCUUCAUUUAAAAACUGCAUUUUGUGUUUACUUGUGUUAUCUUUGACUAAUAUUUAAACUUGUUUGAUGAUCUGAAACAUUUAAGUGUGACAAACAUGCAAAAAAAAUCAGAAAUCAGGAAGGGGGCAAACACUUUUUCACACCACUGUAUGUAUGUAUGUGUGUGUGUGUGUGUGUGUGAUAGUGUGUUUGUGUGUGUGUUUAUGUCGACAUUAACACAUUUUUGGUGUUAAUGUUUAUCAGUCCUUUGGUAAUUCUAGGCAGUACAGUAUAUUUAAGUAGGAUUUGUCUUUAAAUAGCCCUUAAUUAUUUUGUCUUCUCC